AUCUCUCGUAAAACGUCUCAUGCUGUUCUUCUCAUUCUUUUGGCUGGUGAUGUAGCGACAAACCCAGGGCCUUCAUUCCAUCCCCCAACGAAAAAUCUUGGACAAGGUUUAAAUGUUCUCUAUCUCAAUGCAAGAAGUUUAAAGGCCUUCGUCCCGUCAGAUCAAGAUUUGUCCAAAGUAUGUAAAAUUACUCUACUGCAACAUUUAGUUUACAGUGCGACGUACGAUGUUGUAUGCAUUUGUGAGACAUGGCUGAAUGAAUCUGUUUUAAGCAGUGAACUGUUACCCGGGUACUCCAUCUUCCGUCGAGACAGAGUAGGAAAGGUUGGUUGGUGGCGGCGUGUUGAUUGCCGUGAAACUCAAUUUGCAUGCUACUCGUCAACUAGAUCAUGAAAACGAGAACAUCGAACUUGUUGUUAUAGAACUUGCUAUUGAAAACAGCAAAACUGCUCUCCUAUACACCUUCUACCGCCCUCCUGAUUCCGGCCCUGAUGUCUUUCAAUACCUGAAUUUAUCACUUCAAAACACCUCCGAAUCUACCUGCAUCGUCCUUAUUGGAGACUUUAAUCUUCCAGCAAUCAAUUGGUCUCUUGAUCAACCAACUCCCGCAACUAACGGUGGGCAGCUCGACGAGUCAUUCUGUGACUUAGUUGGUGAUAAUUUCUUUCAACAGUUCAUCAAAGGUACAACCCACACUGGAGGAAACAUGCUUGAUCUUUUGCUAUGUAACUGUCCUGAAAUUGUAAAAAAUAUUUCAACAUUCUCACCUGAGCAACUAAACUUCCUGAUGGACCAUCACAUCAUAGAAUUUCAAAUUCAGCAAACAUUCUGUCGCGCCAAACCAGUUUCGCGUAAUAUCUUCGCCUUCAACCGUGGGAACCUUGAUGAUCUUCGUAGUAAUUUAAUACAGGAACCAUUCCAGGCAGUCUUUACUAACAACAUUAAUGAAUGCUGGAUACAAUGGAAAAGUAGGUUUUUCAAUGCAGUACAUAAAUUCAUCCCAACAAAAACAGUUAAGGACACUUACUCAGCACCUUGGAUUGAUGGUGAAGUAAGAUCACAUAUCCGAAAGAAGUACGUAGCUUUAAAAAAAUAUCGACAAUGUCGAACUGACCAUAUAAAACGGAAACUACGCGAACUAAGCCAAACAAAAUAUCUAGUGAGAAGAAAACAUCGUGAUUAUCUAGAUAAACCGCGAUAACCCGAAAUUUUUUUGGUGUUAUCAAAAGGCCAUAUUUCAUCAUAAAUCGACUCUCAAUCCCGUCAUCUCCUACAAAGGCAAAGUGGCAAAAACGUCUGCCGAAAAAGCUGAAUUCUUUAACUCAUAUUUCUCUUCCGUUUUCCAAUCCCCACAAUCUAACCAUCCUAGGAGUCGUGCCUUCGAUUCUUCUCAAUUAAAAACCGACUUACAACUUAGAGAAAUAACGGUUGACGAGGAAGAAGUCUCUCUAACCACCUGUCCAAUCUAGACGUGACAAAAGCAAGCGGUCCUGACGGUAUUCCUGCGCGGCUUCUGAAAGAAUGUCAUCAACAAAUUGCCCCAAGCCUGUGUGUCCUUUUCAACGCCUCUCUCAAAUUUGGUUUUAUUCCAUCGGAGUGGAAAUCGGCAAAUCUGACCCCCAUACAUAAAAAAGACUCGAAAGAACCAGCAGAUAACUAUAGGCCAAUCUCGUUAUUGCCUAUCAUUAGCAAGAUCCUGGAACGCUGCGUUUACUCAAGAUUUUAUGACCAUGUUGCUCACCUCAUCAGUCCAUCCCAACACGGCUUUCUCGGAAAUAGAUCCUGCGUCACCCAACUCCUGUCUGUCCUCCAGGUCAUCGGACAAGAUCUAGACAGAAACAGUCAGACUGAUGUAUUGUACCUCGACUUUGCCAAGGCAUUCGACUCUGUAGAUCACACGAUCCUCCUAGCUAAACUUCGUUGUUACGGUGUGACUGGCUCAGCUCUUGAUUGGUUUGUUAACGACCUUAUGGUAGGACACAAAGAGUCGUUAUGGAUGGUGCGACUUCGAAAUGGUCUUCCGUCACUUCCGGUGUGCCUCAGGAAAGCAUUCUAGGACCCCUGUUGUUUGUAGUAUUCAUCAACGAUCUACCCGACAUCGUAGAAGCCCGAACCAGUACAGCUCUGUAUGCAGAUGACACCAAACUGCACAAAACCAUUACCUGUAAUCGUGAUUGUGCGUCUUUACAACACUCCCUAUCCAAACUUAAUCUCUGGACUAUGGAAAACAACCUCCGCUUCAACGUCUCUAAGUGCAAAGUUCUCACCAUCACCAGAAAGAAAAAUCCUAUCAUUCAUGACUACACUCUUGGGAGCCAAAACCUGACUCGAGUAGACAGCAAAAAAUAUCUUGGAAUUACCACCACAUCAAAACUUUCUUGGGACAUUCACGCGAACACCAUCGUCGCGAAGGCCAACAAAAUAUUAGGCGUACUUAGAAGAACUUGUACCAAAUUGAUGGACAUGAAUGCCAGACGAACUUUAUAUUUAUCGUUGGUCAAGUCCCAGCUGUGUUAUGCUACAGAGGUAUGGUCGCCGGUUAACAGCGUCCAGAUCUCAAGACGUGUUGAAAAAGUGCAAAGAAGAGCGACUAGGUGGAUAACAAUGACAAAGCGAGGCGAACUGUCGUACAGAGAACGGUUAUUAGCAUUAGAUCUGCUACCGUUAACCUAUGAUCGAGAAGUCAGAGACUUGGUGUAUUUCUUCAAAUCAUUGUUUAGUUACAUUGACGUCAAUAUCGAUAACUAUGUGUCGUUUGUGAGCGAUGGUCGUACUAGAGUGAGCCAUAUGUCAAGAUAUGUCCUUCAAAGUAAACUCUGUAAAACUAAUACUUUCCAGUCUUCAUACUACAAUCGUGUUGUAAAGAUUUGGAACACAGUGUGCCAAGAAGUCUCACCUGACAUUUUCCGUAAUCCAAACUCUUUUAAACACUAUCUUAAACGUAGAUACUAUACAUUAAUUAGUAAUGUUUAUGACGUAGACAUGGCUUGUACGUGGUCAUUAACUCGUGACUGUCCUUGCCAUAGGACUUAAUACCACAAGUAAUAUAUAUGUGUGUGUUUGCAGGCAAGCUUAAGAAAGUGUUAAAAAUGCCAACUAGUUCUGUAAUUCACCUAAAACUAGAUCAAAAUUUAAGAAAGUUGACCCUUCACAAUUACUGAAUUUGCAUGGAAAUAUGUUGACAUGUCUUAGCACGGUACAUGGAAAAACACGGAUAGCUGAAAGAAUGUAUUGAUUAUUGGCCCCCUAUCUAUCACCAAUGAGAUAUAAGAUAUUGACAGUGCAAAUAUUUCAGUCUCUCCUUUUCAGUUUACUCCGCUUAAAAUUAAUAUGGUAAUCUGUAUAUAAUUAUAAUAAUUCAAUUUUCUGUAAAUAUUGUAUACCAUAUAUAUCAUUAUUAAAGAUGUAUGACAAAGCAGUAUAACUCAUCAAAAUGCUGUAACAGUACGACUAUAACAACUAAUUAUGUUUGCAUCUAUGUCUUUCCAGAUGAUUCAAGAAAUAAGUUGAGCUUCUCAACGAUAGAAAAGUGCCUGGAAUCUUUGGAAAUAAUUCCUAAAUCUCCAGAGACUGUAACUAGU